AUGACACAAUCCGAAUCUGCACAGUCCGAAUCCACCCAGGCUGUUAAAGCGCAAGAGUUGCCACUCACUUUGUCAAAUGAGUUCUUACCUGAGCAUUAUGAUUUGAACUUGGAUAUCCUACCGAAAAAACCUAAUUUCACUGGAACAAACGGUAUUCGGAUGGUUAAGAACAGGAGAUACGUGCCGCCGGCCGCAAUUGAGGAAGGCGAACAAAAAUUGGAAGUCGUUUUGCACUCUUUAGAAUUGUUCGUCACAGAUGCGUUUUUCAUAGUUAAGGAUGGUGAUUCAUUCCUCAAGGAAAAGGUCGCCGUUAAACACAAUAAGGCGGUUCACACGGUGACUUUCACUUUGACCGGUGACAAAGUUGAGCUUUAUAGAAACGCUCCCUUCUUUCAAUGUAGUGUUUUCUAUAUGGGAGUGAUCACCAACUGCCGAUCCACGGAAGACAAAACUAGAGGUGUCUUUAGAUCCAAUUACGCCUGGUCCGAUGAGGAGGGAAAACAGUUCCCAGGUCAGAUAUUUGCUACGCACUGUCAGCCAACCUUUGCACGCCAAAUAUUCCCAUGUAUCGACGAUGUCACUCACAAGGUCACUAUCCAAUUGUCCAUUCAAACAGACGCUGAUCUUACUUGCAUUUCCAACACUGCUGUAGAGGCAGGAGAGUUACUACCAGAUGAGAAAAACGAAGAUGAUGGAGUCACAAGAAAAAUGGUAUUGUUUGAAAAGUCUCCCCCAACACUGGUAUCUCUCUUUGCGUUUGUCGUUGGAGAUUUGGAGUUCACCGAGAAAGUAGUGAAGGUUGCUGGUCAAGAACUUCCACUUCGAGUUUACGUCCAGAAGGGAGAUGCCAAACUCACUGAAUAUGCCUUGGACGUCGCGUCUAAAUCGUUCCCUUUGAUGGCCACAAAAUUUGGCUUGUCUCCAUGUCCGUUUAAGAAACUAGAUUUUGCCGCUUUACCAUAUCUCACCGAUGGUGGUAUGGAAAAUUCAGGCUUAAUUACCAUUGCUGCACCUCAUUUGUUGGUGGAACCUGACACUACAACUGACCCUGAGUACGCAUCCCACCUGACUAAAGUUCGACAAGUGAUUGUACAUGAAAUGGUCCAUCAAUGGAUGGGCAAUUUCGUAUCCUUCGACGAUUGGAGCCACAUGUGGUUCAAUGAGGCAUUUGCUACCUGGCUUGCUCUUGUGGUUCUUGAAGAAAUUAACGAAUACCCCGAUGAUAAAGACAUUUGGCUCAGCCAAGCCAAUCUGGAAAUGUAUCAAAUGAUGAGAAGGGAUGCUACCAAGUUCGUCGUUCCAAUCUACAGGGAAGAGCGAAAGAAGGUUCAAUCAAUCCAAGACGCAUUCAACGAACAUGCUUACCAGAAGGGGGUAUUUGUUCUUAGAAUGCUAACAAACUUGUUCAAUUCUUCUAAUGACGAUUCAAAUAAUGAUUUUUUUGCUAUCGUCUCCCAGUUCUUGGCAGAUUAUAAGUACUUGUCCAUCAAGCCAUCAGAUUUUUUCAAGUACGUUACUGAUUCAGAGUUGAACAAGAAGAAAAUUGAUGCUGCUGCCAUCAUGUAUUCCUGGGUACGUACUCCUGGGUUCCCAAUUGUGUCAGCUACAGUUAAUUCGCAAGGAAAAGUUCAUCUGGAACAGCAUAGAUUCCUCUUCAGAACAAGGAUCGAAGAAACAGACCUUGAAGAUGUCCCAUAUCAUGUCCCUGUCUCCAUCAGACUCAAAGAUGGAACAAUCGCACGACAGAUGCUCACCGAUAGAUCAAUAGAUUUAGACUUGAAGGUUGAAGACGUUGUCGUUUUAAAUGCCAAUUAUACAAACCCAAUGAUCUACCAAUACUCUUUGGAAUAUUACGAUAACAUUGCCACUGCAAUCAAGGAGAAUAAGUUAUCGGCUAUCGAACUGACUUCUCUCUAUACAGAUCUUUCCUCCAUUCUCAUGGAAAAGUAUCAAGGUGACGAUGAUAUAAUUGGUUUGUUGAAGACUGUAGAAGCAUUCGGAGAGGAUUCUGCAAAGCUUCAAUUCCUUCCACUCAAUACUGCUUUGAACUUAUUGGAGGCUGUUCAGAAUGCCCUUGAGACUUAUACUGUCAAGAACAGCAAAGAAGCAAGACGACGCAUAGAAUCAUUUGUUUCAAGAAUUAGUGCUAAACUGUUUGACAAGCUAGAAUGGGAAUCUGUUGACUAUUCGACCCUACCACCUACUGAGUUGUACACUAGAAACACUAUUCUUUCAAUGGCAGGUAAAUCGGAACAUGAACCAGCAGUAAAGACUGUGAAACAAUUUUAUAAAAAGCUAACACAUGGUCCAAAAAAAUCAGUUCCUAAACAAUUUUUGGCAGCUGUGUUAAUUGUUACUGCACGGAGAUGUGACCAGAAGGAGUACAAGGAGAUCGCCUCAUUAGCAAAGAAUGCUGAAAUUAAUGUUCAGAACCUAGUCAGCGGCAGUCAAGUCGAUAUUCAGACUAGUGCCAUGUCUGCACUUGGUCAUGUCAAGAAUGUCCAACUUAUAAAAAAAACCCUCAACCACGUUGCUUCGAACAUCACAAGUAAGCUUAUCGAAAUUUGUCUUCUGGGAUUCAAGAGUAAUGUCGAUGCCCGUGGUGAACUGUUUCAGUGGUUUUCCCUGAACUAUGAAAACUGGUUAGUUAAGGCCGGUACUGAUACCACGGAAGCAGGUAAGCAAAUGAGAAUAACAUUACACAAUUUAACAAAGAUUGUAUUUGAAGUAAUGAUGUUCGACGAAAGUGGGCUUGAACAGAUUGACUCGUUUACUAAGCGCAUCGAAGCAAGAUUCCCCAAGUUUGAACCACUGAAACAAGCAUUCAAGCAAGCCGAAUCAAUUGUAGAAGAUAAAAAGGUUCUGAACCAAUCAAAUGAAGAAGUUAUUGCCUAUCUAAACUAG